AUGCUGAGCUCACGAUUUACUGCCCCGCUAAAGCAUCUCAAAGGCGUGCAGAAAAGAUUCAGUAGCACGGGAUUAAACUUUGAAUUGACGGAGGAACAAAAAGAGCUUCAGGCGACUGCAAAGAAGUUUGCUCAAGAAGAGAUUAUUCCCGUGGCCGCCAAAUAUGAUAAGUCAAUGGAAUACCCAUGGGAUGUGAUCAAAAAGGCGCACGCGCUCGGAUUUGUCAAUGCUACUGUUCCCCAAGAUAUUGGAGGACUUGGCUUGAGCGCUCUCUCCUCGUCUCUUGUCAUCGAAGCUCUCGCCUAUGGCUGCACUGGAAUCACUACAGCCGUUUUGACCAAUGAGCUCGCCGAAACACCGUUAAUCAUUGCGGCCAAUGACGACAUCAAGAAGCGAUUUUUGGGACGCAUGCUGGAAGAACCUCUUGUUGCAUCUUAUGCAGUCACCGAACCAAUCGCUGGAUCUGAUGUGGCUGGGAUUAAGACGAAAUGUGUCAAGAAAGGAGAUGAAUACAUUUUGAACGGAAGCAAGAUGUGGAUCACGAACUCUGGCCACGCAAACUGGUAUUUUGUGCUUGCUCGCUCAGACCCGGAUCCAAAAACUCCGGCGAGUAAAGCUUUCACGGCAUUUGCCGUUGAAGGAGAUACUCCUGGGAUUAUUCGAGGAAAGAAAGAAAUCAAUAUGGGUCAGCGAUGUUCGGACACCCGUGGCAUCACUUUUGAAGACGUUCACGUGCCAGCCAAGAAUGUAGUGGGAGAACCAGGAAAAGGAUUUUUGGUUGCAAUGAAAACCUUCGAUAAGACUCGACCAAUGGUAGCUGCAAUGGCAUGUGGAUUGGCAGCCAGAUGUCUCGACGAGGCAGCCAAAUAUUCAUUGGAACGAAAGGCUUUCGGGCAACACAUCGCAAACUUCCAGGCUGUUAGUUUUAUGCUCGCUGAUAUGGUCAUUCAUCUUGAACUUUCACGGCUAAUGACUCUGCGCAGUGCUUACGAAGUAGAUCAAGAUCGCCCUGGAGCUUAUUACGCGUCGAUUGCCAAAGCAUUUGCUGCCGAUACGCUCAACAAAACGGCAUCAGAUGCCGUUCAAAUCUUCGGUGGAGCCGGUUUCAACACCGAGUACCCAGUGGAGAAGCUUAUGAGGGACUCGAAAAUUUUCCAGAUUUAUGAAGGCACAUCGCAAGUCCAGCGCCUUGUGAUCAGCCGUCAACUUUUGGGACGUGUCAAGGAGAAUGGAAUUUAU